GCUAGCGCAUCCCGUCACCAACCCAUUCGGGCAGGAGGAGAUUUUUGGAGCAGAUCCUUCGUAUUUGGUACACAGGCCUCCUGGGCGCGCCAGUCGACAGGACAAAGAGAAUAUUCUUCUGUUCUUCAAGCGCAGUCGUGUAUGGGUAUGGCGGGUCUGAUCAACACACGCACCAGCCUGAGACAUCCUUUUUCUGUUCCUCGGCUAUUUUCAAAUCAGUCAUCGCAGGCUUCACAGUUGGCAACAAGGGCUAUAAACCCAUUGUUCCCUUGUGCCAAACUCUCUAAAGCUGGUGCUGUGGUGAUGGCAGCGAUGGAGGUCUCCAAGGCGCCCUCCUCUUUAGAUUUAGCCAACCGCCAGCCUUCCAAAGAUGUUCUUGAGAUAUGGCGCAAUGCUGACGCGGUCUGCUUUGAUGUGGAUAGCACUGUAUGUUUGGAUGAGGGUAUCGAUGAACUUGCUGAUUUCUGCGGGGCUGGGCAGGCGGUUGCUGAGUGGACGGCAAAGGCAAUGACGGGGACCGUUCCAUUUGAAGAGGCUCUAACUGCCCGGAUGUCUUUAAUCAAGCCAUCCCUUUCCCAAGUUGAGGACUGUUUGGAGAAGAGGCCGCCCAGGAUUUCUCCUGGGAUCGCUGAUUUGAUUAAGAAAUUAAAAGCUAAUAACACUGAAGUAUUCCUUGUGUCAGGAGGUUUCCGGCAAAUGAUUAAGCCUGUGGCAUUUGAGCUUGGUAUUCCUACUGAAAACAUCAUUGCGAACCAACUGCUAUUUGGAACCUCUGGAGAGUAUGUUGGAUUUGAUCCUGCAGAGCCCACUUCUCGAAGUGGGGGUAAAGCACAAGCAGUGCAACAAAUAAAACAGGACCGUGGUUACAAGACACUCGUUAUGAUUGGAGAUGGUGCAACUGAUCUUGAGGCUCGGCAGCCUGGCGCAGCGGACUUGUUCAUCUGUUAUGCUGGUGUCCAGAUGAGAGAAGCUGUUGCAGCCAAAGCCGACUGGGCUGUCUUUGAAUUCCAAGAUCUAAUUGCUGAAUUGCCAUAGUUUAAUUCCUCAAAGCAGUUGUGAAUCUUGCACUGUUCACACCGUGACAGAAAUUGUAUCUGGCUUUUCAAAGUUGUAUUUAGCUGCCUUACUUAGGUACUUCAUAUUUCAGUCAUUCCUGGACCUCUUUGUCACGAUAUGGUGCUGGCAACUGUAGAGAAACCUGACAUGUGAUGGUUGUUUUGUUUUUCUUCCUGCUC